UUGUGAUAUGGACGCAUACUUUACUCUGGACCAACAUGGCGGACGUCACACAGCUGAUAUUCUUCACCCUUGUCAUAUUGACAUGUUACGUUUAUUCAGAUGAUCCACAUCCCAUUAUAGAUGUUUGUAAUCAGAAGACUCCAUGUUUGUGCGAAUAUUCCAAUGGAGACUAUGUCGAUCUACAAUCCUUAUCUAAUAAUAACGACACAGAGCCCAGGUUUAAAGAUGCUAAAUCUGAAAUAUUUGGUGGUGCAAAAUACUCAUGGAACCCUUGUCAUCUGUUUAAUGAAGGAGAGUGCUCAAACGUCACGAUGUGUGAAAUCAUUGCUGGGGCACCUACUCCAAAAUAUGUUCCCAUAGGAAGUCUUAAGAACGCUAAGUUCGAUCAUAACGAAGUAAACGGAGACCUUCAACUUCAGUAUGGUAUAACAGGUGAAGAGAACAGGACAGCGUAUAUAAUAUUGUUCUGCGAUGAAAUGCAGGAAGGACAAUUCAUUGUCACAGGUGAAGAGCCUGCAGGGAGUGGUAAAUAUUAUUUUGAGUUACAUAGCAAGCAUGUGUGUCGAUCUACGACGUCUCCAACUAUAACAAAUCCGAGCAAUGGUUUGAGUGCUGGAUCCGUUAUAGGUAUAAUAAUUGCUUCUUUAAUUGGAGUAUAUUUACUGGGAGGUAUGGCAUAUCAAAAGAUAAAUGGAGCUUCAGGAAAAGAAAUAAUCCCAAAUUAUUCGUUCUGGGCAGCCGUUGGCUCCUCCAUAAAGACUGGUGUUGUGUAUGUCUUUACUUGUGGAAGAUCGGAAUAUGAAGAAAUUGACGAAAAACAAAGAAUAAACCAACAUCCUCAAAUCUAAAUGUCUUGUCUCAUUGAAUUUCGUCCUCAAUGUGAACUGUUUGUUAUUGUUUAUAAAUUUAUUACUGUGUGUAUGCAAAUGAAAUAAUAAAAGAGAAGGUACA